AAUAACCAAAUUCCAAUUGAAAUGAAAUCUUUAGGAUAAAUCAAUGCAAUUUAGGAGGAAUCAAUGAAAGGACAUCAAUUCAAAUCCUGGAUUUUCGAAUUGAGAGAAAUAGUGAGAGAGAUCAAGAAUUCUCACUAUUUCUUAGAUUCAUGGACCCAAAUCAAUUCAGUGGGAUCUUUCAUUCAUAUUUUUUUCCACCAAGAACGUUUUAGAAAACUCUUGGACCCUCGAAUUUUUAGUAUCCUACUUUUGCGCAAUUCACAGGGUUCAACAAGCAAUCGAUAUUUCACGAUCAAGGGUGUAGUACUAUUUGUAGUAGCGGCCCUUCUAUAUCGUAUUAACAAUCGAAAUAUGGUCGAAAGCAAAAAUCUCUAUUUGAAAGGGCUUCUUCCUAUACCUAUGAAUUCCAUUGGACCCAGAAAUGAUACAUCGGAAGAAUCUUUUGGGUCUUCCAAUAUCAAUAGGUUGAUUGUUUCGCUCCUGUAUUUUACAAAAGGAAAAAAGAUCUCUGAGAGCUGUUUCCGGGAUCCGAAAGAGAGUACUCGGGUUCUCCCAAUAACUAAAAAGUGUAUCAUGCCUGAAUCUAACUGGAGUUCGCGGUGGUGGAGGAACUGGAUCGGAAAAAAGAGGGAUUUUUGUUGUAAGAUAUCUAAUGAAACCGUCGCUGGAAUUGAUAUCUCAUUUAAAGAGAAAGAUAUCAAAUAUCUGGAGUUUCUUUUUGUAUAUUAUAUGGAUGAUCCGAUCCGCAAGGGCCAUGAUUGGGAAUUGUUUGAUCGUCUUUCUCCGAAUAAGAGGCGAAACAUAAUCAACUUGAAUUCGGGACAGCUAUUCGAAAUCUUAGUGAAAGACUGGAUUUGUUAUCUCAUGUUUGCUUUUCGUGAAAAAAUACCAAUUGAAGUGGAGGGUUUCUUCAAACAACAAGGAGCUGGGUCAACUAUUCAAUCAAAUGAUAUUGAGCAUGUUUCCCAUCUCUUCUCGAGAAACAAGCGGGCUAUUUCUUUGCAAAAUUGUGCUCAAUUUCAUAUGUGGCAAUUCCACCAAGAUCUCUUCGUUAGUUGGGGGAAGAAUCCGCACGAAUCGGAUUUUUUGAGGAAAAUAUCGAGAGAGAAUUGGAUUUGGUUAGACAAUGUGUGGUUGGUAAACAAGGAUAGAUUUUUUAGCAAGGUACGAAAUGUAUCGUCAAAUAUUCAAUAUGAUUCUACAAGAUCUAGUUUCGUUCAAGUAACGGAUUCUAGCCAAUUGAACGGAUCUUCUGAUCAAUUCAUAGAUCCUUUCGAUUCCAUUAGUAAUGAGGAUUCGGAAUAUCACUAUCACACAUUGAUCAAUCAAAGAGAGAUUCAACAACUAAAAGAAAGAUCGAUUCUUUGGGAUCCUUCCUUUAUUCAAACGGAAGGAAGAGAGAUAGAAUCAGACCGAUUCCCUAAAUACCUUUCUGGAUAUUCCUCAAUGCCCCGGCUAUUCACGGAACGUGAAAAGCGAAUGAAUAAUCAUCUGCUUCCGGAAGAAAGCGAAGAAUUUUUUUGGAAUUCUACAAGAGCCAUUCGUUCUUUUUUCUCUGACAGAUGGUCAGAACUUCAUCUGGGUUCGAAUCCUACUGAGAGGUCCACUAGGGAUCAGAAAUUGUUGAAGAAAGAACAAGAUGUUUCUUUUGUCCCUUCCAGGCGAUCGGAAAAUAAAGAAAUAGUUAAUAUAUUCAAGAUAAUUACGUAUUUACAAAAUACCGUCUCAAUUCAUCCUAUUUCAUCAGAUCUGGGAUGUGAUACGGUUCCGAAGGAUGAACUGGAUAUGGACAGUUCCAAUAAGAUUUCAUUCUUGAACAAAAAUCCAUUUUUUUAUUUAUUUCAUCUAUUCCAUGAACGGAAGAGGGGGGGAUACACGUUACGCCACGAUUUUGAGUCAGAAGAGAGAUUUCAAGAAAUGGCAGAUCUAUUCACUCUAUCAAUAACCGAGCCGGAUCUGGUGUAUCAUAAGGGAUUUGCCUUUUCUAUUGAUUCCUACGGAUUGGAUCAAAGACAAUUCUUGAAGGAGGUUUUCAACUCCAGGGAUGAAUUGAAAAAGAAAUCUUUAUUGGUUCUACCUCCUAUUUUUUAUGAAGAAAAUGAAUCUUUUUAUCGAAGGAUCAGAAAAAAUUGGGUCCGGAUCUCCUGCGGGAAUUUUUUUGAAGAUCCAAAACCAAAAAGAGUGGUAUUUGCUAGCAACAACAUAAUGGAGGCAGUCAAUCAAUAUAGAUUGAUCCGAAAUCUGAUUCAAAUCCAAUUCCAAUAUAGUCCCUAUGGGUACAUAAGAAAUGUAUUGAAUCGAUUCUUUUUAAUGAAGAGACCUGAUCGCAACUUCGAAUAUGGAAUUCAAAGGGAUCUAAUAGGAAAUGAUACUCUGAAUCAUAGAACUAUAAUGAAAGAUACGAUCAACCAACAUUUAUCGAAUUUGAAAAAGAGUCAGAAGAAAUGGUUCGAUCCUCUUAUUUUUCUUUCUCGAACCGAGAGAUCCAUAAAUCGGGAUCCUAAUGCAUAUAGAUACAAAUGGUCCAAUGGGAGCAAGAAUUUCCAGGAGCAUUUGAAACAUUUCGUUUCUGAGCGGAAGAGCCGUUUUCAAGUAGUGUUCGAUCGAUUAUGUAUUAAUCAAUAUUCGAUUGAUUGGUCUGAGGUUAUUGAUAAAAAAGAUUUGUCUAAGUCACUUCGUUUCUUUUUGUCCAAGUUACUUCGUUUUUUGUCCAAGUUACUUCUCUUUUUGUCUAACUCACUUCCUUUUUUCUUUGUGAGUUUCGAGAAUAUCCCCAUUCAUAGGUCUGAGAUCCACAUCUAUGAAUUGAAAGGUCCGAACGAUCAAC